CAUAUUACAUUAGAUACAAACCGACUUAACUGUGAACCACUUUACUUUACUAGAACAGUUGAGCUACCUCCCAAAAACCCUCUCCUACCCCCACUCACCUCUCUCUCUCUCCUCCACGCCUCUCUCUCUCUCUCUCUCUCCUCUAACAGCUAGUCAUGCCUCGUCCACCUAGAUUCCUCACCACCAUCGUCAAUUCAACUAAUAAUACAACAGCAGCGGCAGCGGCAGCUGACCCGCCCGAACCCGUCGCAGUCGAGCCCGACUUCGUGGUCGUCCUCGCCGCCCUCCUCUGCGCCCUAAUCUGCGUCGUCGGCUUAAUCGCCGUCGCCAGAUGCGCCUGGCUCCGCCGCGGCUCCACCGGCAACGGCGGCCCGAGAUCCUCCAACCAGAACAACAAGGGCCUCAAAAAGAAGGUCCUCCAGUCGCUCCCGAAGUACACCUACAACGAGAAGCUCGCCGCCGCAGCCGGUACGGGCGGCGGAGGCAGCGAGUGCGCGAUCUGCCUGGCGGAGUACGCCGACGGCGACGAGAUCCGCGUGCUGCCGCAGUGCAGCCACGGCUUCCACGUCGUCUGCAUCGACACGUGGCUCGGAUCUCACUCCUCGUGCCCGUCAUGCCGCCAGAUCCUCGUCGUGACAAGGUGCCGGAAGUGCGGCGAGUGUCCGGCGGCGGCGGCCUCCACUGCCGCCGCCGGAGCUCGGACGGAGGCGAGAGGAGACCGCGGUUCUUCCUCCGCUGGAUUUUUGCCUUUCUGAGGCGAGCAAUACUAGGAACGCACUUUAAAAUAUUAAUUUAUUGGAGGGGGCAAGUCGUAGCCGGGUAAUUCCAGCUCCAAUAGCCUGUAUUAAAUUCGUUGCAGUUAAAAAGUGCUUGUAGUUGGAAAUUGGGUUGGUUCGAUCCGUCCGCCGCCUAACUCCCGACACUACUGUAUCAAACGGCUUCAGACAAAACUGCGUUCGCACUGAGGUGCUAAAGUUGUGUUCUUAGAUGGGGAUGAAAAGGAAACCCUAACUUUAUGUCCAAUCCCUGAAAAAGGCAAGUGUGAAGUUUGAUUUUGUAGAGUACAUCUAUCUAUAGUGCUAGAUUUGGGGCAGACAUGGAAAAACUGGAAACAAUUGGGUUAUAAAGCAGUUUUUUCCUCAGUUACAUCAAUGGGGGAGGAAAGGGAGAAUUGAAUUUGCUAUUUGUUGUAUGUAGAGGAGGAGAUGAGAAGCCAUGCCUUUGUUGUUGUAUAUAUUGAAAGUUUUUCUAUGUUGUGAUAGGAAUGAAAUAUAAUGCAAUUUGCCCCUUUUCUUA